CUACUGCUACUUACAAUGCAUGAGGGAAGCCUUCUCUCCGCCCGGGGCCUCGCUCCAUUAUCAUAUGAGUCUGCCCUUAUCUGCCGCAUGUCCCUCAUAUUAUCAUUCUCCUCACUCCGCUUGCAUAUGCGUGGUUGAUCUCACUCCUUGCUUCACUGUAUAUUCUCACUGCCUGCUUUCUACUAGUCACUCUUACACCGCAUCAGCAGCAUUCCAUUGUUCUUGAGUGGAAGCUCAGUAAUCCAGUAGGUAGUCUUUCACUCACAACGCAGAUCUCAAACGAACCCACCGAGCCAACCAUCCUCAACAUGGCCCCUCACGCCACCGGACACGAUACACCACAGGAAGUCUCCUCCAACGAAGGCUCGCCUCUGCUCCUGUCAGGUGUCGACGCGUCUCAGAUCAGUGUAGUAGCAUCCACCCGAGCAGUAGUGGACAACAAACUGUCCGCAGCGACCAUUGUCAUAUCCACCACCACGGGGAAGAUUACAUCGAUAUUCGACCACGUGCUCCCCGAAUCAUCCUUCCCGCCAGGCACACCAUACAAAGACCACAGCCCUCAUGUGCUGCUCCCUGGUCUAGUGGAUGCACAUGUACAUCUCAAUGAGCCUGGUAGAACAGAAUGGGAGGGCUUCUGGACGGGGACGCGAGCUGCAGCAUUUGGAGGUGUCACUACCGUGGUGGAUAUGCCAUUGAAUGCCAUUCCGCCCACAACAACCAUCAAUGGCUUGAAAGAGAAAGUUGCUGCUGCACAAGGAAAGUGCUGGGUGGACGUGGGUUUUUACGGCGGUAUCAUACCCGGCAAUGUCCACGAGCUCAAGCCGCUGGUCAAGGCUGGCGUGCGUGGCUUCAAGGGUUUCCUGAUUGACAGCGGAGUGGAAGAGUUUCCCGCCGUGUCAUCAACAGACAUUCGCCAUGUCUUUGAAGAACUCGCAGAUGAGCCCACAACAGUCAUGUUCCACGCAGAGAUGAUUCCCCCCGUAUCGGCAUCCGUGGGAGAUGAUGUACAAUGGUCUUUGCCUCCACUGGAGCCCAGUGGACCUCUGGACAGAUAUCAGACGUUCCUGGACUCUCGCCCUCCAUCGUUUGAAGUCUAUGCGAUCCUCGAGAUUCUGGACUUGGCCUUCCUCGCUCCCAAACUGCCCUUGCAUAUUGUCCAUCUAUCCGCCGCAGAGGCCAUCCCGAUGUUGCGAGCAGCAGUGGCCAAAGGGGUCAAGAUCACCGCCGAGACCUGCUUCCACUACCUCAGCUUAGCGGCAGAGAAGAUUCAAGACGGAGACACGCGACACAAGUGCUGUCCGCCCAUCCGCUCGCAGUCGAAUCAGGACAGCAUUUGGGCGGAAAUGCUCGAUUUGGAUCAUAGCAUCAUCAAGACGGUCGUGUCGGAUCACUCUCCUUGCACACCAGAUCUCAAACUCCUACCCGCACAUGUUCCCGGCUCACAGCCCAGCAAAGUCGCCAAGGGCUGCUGCUCCUCCACCGCUGCUCAAGGCGACUUCUUCGGCGCAUGGGGUGGCAUCAGCUCCGUCGGACUCGGACUCAGCAUUCUCUGGACCGAAGCCAUGCGCCGAAAGAUGAGUGUGGAUGAAACCAUCCUCAACGUCGUCACAUGGUGUUGCGCAAACACGGCGAAACAAGUUGGUCUCGAACAUUGCAAAGGUCAACUGCAGGUGGGAAUGGACGGAGACAUUUGUGUCUUUGACGAUGCGAGCACCUUUACCGUUGAAGCGAAUACGAUGCUGUUUCGGAAUAAAUGCUCGCCCUAUGAGGGUAAGACGCUCCAAGGGUUUGCAAGCGCGACGUAUUUGCGUGGACGUGAAAUUCACACACGAGAAGCGGGAUUUCCCACGAGUGAGAAACCGGCGGGUGAAUUGUUGUUGGAGCCGAGAAGGCAUUGUUGAUAGUAGAAGAAAUGAACCAUCUACCAUCUAUAUCUAUAUCUCUCCACAUCCCAAA